AUGGCAAUGAUUACACGUUAUUGCUCUCUUGCUCUGGUUUUAUUGUGGUGUUUAUACAACAUCUCAUUCUUGAAGGCCAAUGAUGGUGGCUUUAGUGUGGAAAUGAUCCACCGCGACUCGUCAAGAUCACCAUUGUAUCGUCCAACAGAAACUCCGUUCCAACGAGUUGCGAAUGCUGUGCGUCGUUCGAUCAACCGUGGGAAUCAUUUCAAGAAAGCUUUUGUGAGCACAGAUUCAGCCGAAUCGACUGUAGUAGCAAGUCAAGGUGAAUACCUAAUGAGAUAUUCAGUUGGAAGCCCACCAUUCCAAGUAUUGGGUAUUGUUGACACAGGUAGUGACAUUCUUUGGCUGCAAUGUGAACCCUGUGAAGACUGUUACAAGCAAACCACUCCAAUAUUCGAUCCUUCAAAAUCGAAAACCUACAAAACCCUACCUUGCUCUUCUAAUACGUGUGAAUCUUUGCGUAAUACCGCUUGCUCUUCGGACAAUGUGUGUGAAUAUAGUAUUGACUAUGGUGAUGGUUCACACUCAGAUGGAGAUCUUAGCGUGGAAACCCUAACUUUAGGGUCCACUGACGGUUCUUCUGUCCAUUUUCCUAAAACCGUGAUAGGAUGCGGGCACAACAAUGGGGGGACCUUUCAAGAGGAAGGCUCUGGCAUAGUUGGCCUUGGAGGAGGACCCGUGUCUCUUAUAUCUCAAUUGAGUUCUUCAAUUGGUGGAAAAUUUUCCUAUUGUUUGGCACCAAUAUUUUCAGAAUCUAACUCAUCUAGCAAACUCAAUUUUGGAGAUGCUGCUGUGGUUUCUGGGCGUGGAACUGUCUCAACCCCUCUAGACCCAUUAAAUGGACAAGUAUUUUAUUUCCUAACCUUGGAAGCAUUCAGUGUGGGAGACAAUAGAAUAGAGUUUUCAGGCUCCUCCUCUUCUGGAUCUGGUAGUGGAGAUGGAAACAUUAUAAUUGACUCUGGUACAACACUCACGCUUUUGCCACAGGAAGAUUACUUGAAUUUGGAAUCAGCAGUAUCAGAUGUAAUUAAAUUAGAGCGUGCUAGGGAUCCAAGUAAACUCUUGAGCCUAUGCUACAAAACUACAUCAGAUGAACUGGAUUUACCAGUCAUCACAGCACAUUUUAAAGGUGCAGAUGUUGAGUUGAAUCCUAUCAGCACCUUUGUUCCGGUGGAAAAGGGAGUAGUAUGUUUUGCUUUCAUUUCAAGUAAAAUUGGUGCCAUCUUUGGGAACUUGGCACAACAAAACCUCUUGGUUGGCUAUGACCUCGUAAAGAAAACUGUCUCCUUUAAGCCCACAGAUUGUACCAAGGGGUGAUUGCCUAUGGCCUCUUGUUUGGGUCCAAUAAAAUCAGACAACCCCCAUUAUCAUUAUUCAUUCUA